AGUGCGCGGGCGAAGGAGGGUCGCGCGCGCAAACGGGGAUUGAUGCAGCCAGGUUGGGGUCGGGGUUGCAAGCGGGCGCCCCGGCUGGCUCGGUAGGCAGCGUGCGAACGCCGCAAUCGACACGUGUCGUUGUUGCAUUGUGAGCUUCCCUUCGGAUCACCGCCGGCUUUGGGGAGUGCCUAGGUUGCUAUGGCGGACCACAUGAUGAUUUCGAUGAGCCACGGCAUGAACGGGCUGCAGGGCUACCGGAUGGGGGUGAACGGCCUGCAGGGCCCUCCCCAGCACGGACAGCACAUGCUAAGGACGAUACCUGCUAACCACCAAAUGAUGCAAUAUGGAAACCCCGGCCUGGACACAGGGAUGAGGCAGCGGCCCGGCAUCGGUGGACAGAUGGCACAUCACCAGGUGCCGAACGCCAUGAUGUUCAACAGUCCCAACCAGCAGCCGCAGCAGCAGCAACAAUACAUGGGACCCGUCGGCACUCAGCAACUUAUGGCCAGCAUGCACUUGCAGAAACUCAAUACCCAGUACCAGGGCCACCCUCUCAUGGCCAUGAACAACGGGCCUGUGGGAACAGGUGCACAGCAAUACAGAGUGGGCCCCAGCCCACAUCCUGGCAUGCAGCAUAUGCCCUCUCCUGCUUUGACCUUGAACGUUAUGGACAUGGAUCUUGUCGACGAAGAGGUUUUGACCUCCUUGGUCAUGGAACUUGGUUUGGACCGAAUUCAGGAGCUACCGGAACUUUUCCUGGGACAGAACGAGUUUGACUUCAUUUCGGACUUUGUCAGCAAACAGCAGCCCAGCGCCAUCAGCUGUUGAGCAGCUGGAAGCGGGUGUUUUCUCUCCCCACCCUGGCCGCUUGAUUUUAGCACCCCCCCAACUCCUUCCUUUCGUGUAACCCUUUCCCAGCACAAAUACAUACAGGCUUUCUGAGCUGUCCUUCGCCCGUCUCUUAAACCACAAUGGACAAUCAUUCAGGGCUUGCACUGGGUUGCUCCUUCUGGGCGCAAUUCUCUCACGCUAUGGAAAGUAGUAGGUUUUCUGCAGCUCUACAUGGAAACUGAAGAUGCAGCCUUGUUUGAGGAUUGUUCGUGUGGCAGCUACAGGAUUUUCGGCUUGGGGGAAAAGGAGAUAGGCCUUCUACAGAACUACUGUCUGAUGUGCCUGGACUACUGAGGAAAGGGUUGGGCAGACAAAGCUGGAUCUUACAGUUGGCUUUUAUCAGUGAAGUUUGCAAAGGUGUUCAGAACUCUCCAACCCAACGGCUUUUGUUUCUUAAAUGGUUCUCCAAUCAUAAAGGGUGUACCAUAAAUCAUAAAGUGCCCCUCCAUAUGGUGAAGUUACCGAUGUCCUUUUCCUUUGAAGUUUCCCUGAAGUGUGUUCAUUUAUAUCCCCUUUUUAAAAAAUCACUUUGGCACAUAUGCUACUAGCUUCCCCUCCAAAUACAUGGGAAGUGAUCAGUUUGCUUCAAACUCGGGUCACUUUGGUGUAAAAUUAAAAUCUGGGUCAGCUAAUUGAUCGUAGGACUUCCAGGCAAUUACCAACACCAGCUUUAAGUUGCCGCUUAGAUCUCCUUUCUCUGCCUCUAAAAACCAAAAAUGUGCUUGUAAUUGUGAGACUGAUUUUUUUAAAAAAAAAUCUUAUUUAUCUCAUGGGUCCCCAUCCAUCUUUAUUUAUUUGGAAGAGCUAGAUUGAUUUUCCUUUUGAGAUUACUGGGAAAGAUUGAAGGGGCGGGCAGGCUGGUGUCAUCCAAACAACUGUGUUUUCAAUAACCGUGGGGAAAACUGUUUAACCAUGGCUGCGAACUAGAUCUUUCAGCAUCCUGACACAUUCUUCCUUCUCAUGGGGUUUGAUUCGAAAGACCAGUUUUACUUCUAAUUUCUGAAAGACGUUUGGCGUGACUGGCGGCUUCUUCGCGUUUCAGUCUCCAUUAUUUUCCGAAUACGUCUGGGAACGUGGAAUGUUCUGUGUGCCGACUCUGAAGUUGCUACUGCCCCCUGUUGUUGAGAGCAGAUAGCGGCACAUCAUUGUUGAUCAAUGAAGUGUGAAUGUACAGAUAACAGUGAUUUCCCCCUCCCCCACAAAAAUAAAAGCUAAAAACUGGA